AUGGCACCGCCGGGGGGUGGCGGGGAGGUGCAGGAUGGGGACAGGGAUGGGGACAGGGAUGGGGACAGGGACAGAGCCCCCACGGCGGGGAUGCGGCGCUUCACCUGGGAGGAGAUCGGGCAGCGGAACGGGCGGGGGCCGGCGCCGCAGGAGCGCUGGCUGGUGAUCCACAGGAAGGUGUACGACAUCAGCCACUUCUACUGGAGACACCCGGGAGGGGCCCGGCUCCUCGUCAGCCACGCCGGGCAGGACGCCACGGAUGCCUUUGUGGCAUUCCACGUCAACCAAGCGCUGGUGAGCAAGUACUUGAAGCCACUGCAGAUUGGGGAGCUGGCAUCAGACCAACCUAGUAUCGAGCCCAGUAAAAAUGAAAUGCUGGUGAAAGACUUCCGGGAAUUGCGUGCUACAGUCAAGAGAAUGGGACUCCUGGAGCCAAACCAACUCUUCUUCUUCCUGCUCCUGGCUCACAUCCUGAUCUUGGAUACAGCUGCCUGGCUCAUCCUCUUCUACUUCGGGACAUCCUUACUGCCCUUCGUUUUCUCCCUGCUGCUGCUGACCAUUUCACACGUCCAGGCUUCCUGGUUACAACAUGAUUUAGGACACCUCUCAGUAUUCAGGAAAACCAAGUGGAACCACUUUCUACACAAGUUUGUGAUGUGCCAUUUGCUUGGGGCCUCGGCCAAGUGGUGGACUCUCCUGCACUCCCAGCACCACGCCAAACCCAACUGCUUCCACAAGGACCCUGACAUUGAUAUGCACCCUUUCCUCUUCACUUUGGGGAAGAAAUUGUCUGUGGAGCUUGGCAUCAAAAAGAAAAAGUACAUGCCUUACAACCACCAACACAAAUACUUCUUCAUCACUCUUCCUCCGCUCCUGUUCCCCACCUACUUCCAAUGUCACACAUUCUACGUUGCCUACACAAAGAAGUACUGGGCGGACCUGGCCUGGAUGCUGACUUUCUUUAUCAAAUUCUUUUACAUGUAUGGAUCUUUAUUAGAAACAAAAAGUCUCCUGGCAUAUUUUUUUAUAUUCAGGAUGCUGGAGAGCAGCUGGUUUGUCUGGGUCUCACAGAUGAACCAUAUCCCAAUGGAAAUCGACUACGACAAGAAUUUGGACUGGAUGUCUACUCAGCUCCAGGCAACUUGCAAUGUGGAGCAGUCACUGUUCAAUGACUGGUUCACGGGGCACCUCAACUUCCAGAUUGAACAUCACCUGUUCCCCUCCAUGCCACGGCACAACUACUGGAAGGUGGCCCCUUUGGUGAAGUCCCUGUGUGCCAAGCACGGCAUUGAGUACCAGUGCAAGCCUCUGCUCACAGCCUUCGCAGACAUCGUGCACUCCCUGAAGAGCUCAGGAGAGCUCUGGCACGAUGCCUACCUGCACAAAUAAAGGACAAGGCUUGGUGCUACCAUUCACAGCCUGCCACAACUGCUUUCCCAGCAAGCUGAGGGGCAGGGACCACAAGGGACUCUCUGGCAGAAGAAUGUGAGUAAGGGCUGAGGGAUAAAAUUCCAAUAGAGAUGAAGCCACCUGAAUUUUUCUUCUGGUUUUUCCUGGGGUUAUGUUUCAGAUAUGUUAGGAGUCAGCAGGGCAAGCAGAAGGUGAAUUGUUAGAAGAGGGAGGAGCUCUUUGCUGUGUGAGUCUGAGCAUUUCUGAGCCUAGGCAUGGGCUCAAGUGAGAUCAUGAACUGGUGGAGCUGCACACACUCAACUUCACAGUAGAGGCCUCUGACCAUGUUGUUGGGUUUUUGGGAUUUUUUUUUUCCUUGUGUGGAGGGUUUUAUGCUUGAUACAGCAUUUGCUUACUUGAAUUUGAAACUGCGAAGGAUUUUGGAUGAGCGUGGAGUUCCAGCAAUGUGCUUAAACCACAAUAAAUCAAGAUAAACUACAGAAACACUUGGACUGUAGCAAGUGCACAUGCAGUGAAUAAAAACAUAAAUGUGUUUUCAUUACUGUUCUCUAGAGCAUCCUCAUUGUCACAAGGCCAAGAAACACAUGGGUUAAAACUAGCUCAAGGCCUCUGCUCUCUUCAAAAUGUAUCUGCUUUGGGGGGGUUUUUGUACUUUGAGCUGGGCCGAGACGUGCACACUACAUGUACACUCCCCACCUACACAGGACUCAGAUUAUACUACAGAAAGGUAAACCAAAAGUAAAAUAAAUCACCUACAGAUACUUGAUCAAAUCUGAAAGUUGUUGUUGCAGCUAAACCAAGAUUAGACCAGAUUUUGGCUGUGCCAGGUAGAAGGUGAGCUAGUGGAAGAGGCUGGUCCAGGUACUUUGAAUCACCCUUGAGAGGAGAAAGUAUUUUUCCAUUAAUUAGUAAGAAAGCCUGUUCUUCAUCCCAAGUGAGUACUACAGUGGGUACAUACUCACACCCUGAAAUAAAAGACUAGCUUUUGGAAAGGAGACUAGGGGAACAACAAAGUUCAUUUGAAUAUUAGCAGUUACCACAUUUUUUUUCAAUAAUUCAAAGUUAAUAAAUAGAAAUCUCAAAAGGUAAAAACAUGUAAAAAAGUCUCUGAUGAUGUAACAAAUGGACUUUGUACUACUUGUGCAAUGAUUGGCUGAAUUACUGAAAAACCUUUAACCCUGCACAGUCAGCCAGAACAAGGAAAAGAUUUGCUAUGAAACCAUUUUUCCUGCCUUGGAAAAAGUGCAAUUAUGUUUAAAGGUUAACAGCACAAAGUACAAUGCCUGACCCAUGGGAGCAAAGAAGCAAUUCCCAAAAACUCUGUGGGAAAAUUAAGAAAUAAAAAGCAGGAGUCACAACAGUAUCACUUACAAACACAUUUCCACUACUUUAAAAAGCCUUUUGAAAUUACCUUAAGCAGCCUCUGAAAAUGAUUUAUUGGGUAGAUGAAAGGCCUGAUUUUGAAGAUCAUAAUUUGAUUUCUGGACCUUUGACAUCACUGGGCUCCUGGUUCAGGACCCCUAUGAGUCAAAAUGCAAUUAAAGAAGAGAGCUGUGAAUGUUUCUAUUGGUUCUGUACUGACCCAGCAGUGCUCCAGCGAGGACAGGUGUGCAAGAGGAUUGAGCAAGACUGAGAUGAAGAGCUGUGGAUAAAUAUGGAAUAAAGCCUAAGCAAUAAAUGGAUCAAUGCCAGAGCAAA